ACCAAGAACAUUCGUUAGACGAGGAACUCUAUUAUUGAUUCUUGGUUUUGGGCGUCGAUGGCGUAUAUACGCAGCCUCACUACUCGGUCAACCCUUCUAAAACGACACUGUCACCCUUCGUUUACUUUCUUUCUUCAUCAACAUAGUGAUGAUCACAACAACACUUCCAUUGAUGAAUUCUCAUCUGUUCAAGGAAGGGGAUUCCAUAGCAAAAGCAGCGGCAGCUUUGAUAUUAGGCCGUUUCAAGAAAUAAGAUUUAGGGAUGCUUAUUCUCUUUCGCCAAGUAUUGGGGCGUCGUUCUGUCGGUACAUGUCAUCUACAGUUGGGGAAGGGUCAGAUCAUAAAAUUGAGCUCAUCAGUGAUGUUGCUGAUGUAGUGCUCACAGACGCUAGUGCGCAAUCUGUUGCUACAAAUGUUACAGCUCCUGUUGUUAAUGAAGUUGCUGCUGCUGCUGCUGAUUGUUUUGCACCUGUUGCUGUUCUUCAGCAUGUUAUUGAUGCUGUUCAUAAUUUAACUGGUUUCAAUUGGUGGGCUUCUAUAGUUUUAACGACUCUGAUAAUUAGAACUAUGAUGGUUCCGCUGAUGAUAAAUCAACUCAAAGCUACUUCAAAACUCACUCUUAUGAGGCCACGUUUGGAGGAGAUCAAGCAACAGAUGGACAAUACUGCUAUGGAUCCUGCAGCUAUAGCUGAAGGCAAUAAACGAAUGAAAAUGCUUUUCAAGGAAUAUGGUGCGAGUCCUUUUACUCCUAUGAAGGGGAUCUUUGUUCAAGGUCCUGUCUUUGUCUGUUUCUUCCUGGCUAUCAGAAACAUGGCAGAAAAAGUGCCAUCAUUCAAGAAUGGUGGAGCAUUUUGGUUUGUUGAUUUGUCAACUCCAGAUAGUCUAUAUAUCUUUCCAGUUUUGACAGCGUUGACUUUCUGGAUCACUGUCGAGCUCAACAUGCAAGAAGGUUUAGAGGGAAAUCCUGUUGCUGGUACCAUGAAAAAUAUAUCUAGGGUCUUUGCUGCUCUUACAGUUCCAUUGACCAUGGGUUUCCCCAAGGCUAUAUUUUGUUAUUGGGUAACAACCAACUUAUUCUCGUUUGCUUAUGGUGGAGUGCUUAAACUUCCUGGGGUAAAGCAGUUCUUAGGUGUUCCUAAAAUACCUGUGGCUCCAGCAAGUUCUACCUCGCAGUCUUCCUUCAGUUUGUCAGCAGCAGUAAAAGGGGCCCUCUCAGCAAAACAUGAACCUGCUGCAUCAUCAUCGUCAUCUGCAGAUCUUAGUCAGAAGAUUCAAACUUUAGAGAAGCAAGUAAAGGGAAGAAAGAGACGCACGAGGCGAUAAAUGAUUUUUUUUUUCUUUUUCUGUUUGCAGUAACCAGAAAUGAGGUUUGGCGGCUCUUAUAAUGAAUGUAUUAUCAAUCAUAUUCUUUGUUUGUUUUCCAAGAAAGAAAUAGGGGAGAGAUGGUAGUUCAUAUAAUUAUUGAGUGGGGAAAGGGUUGAUGCCCCAUUAUUUCAAUAAAAUAAAGAUUAUAUAAUAGUUCAGCUCAAAUGUUUAAAAUUUUUGUA